CCCCAGAGCGGAACGGGGUGCGCGCUGCAGCUGUUCCACUCCAUCGUGCAGCCGAUGCUGGUGGAGGCCGGCAUGACCUUCACCCUCUUUGUGACCGAGAAGCCAAAUCACGCCCGGGAGCUGGUGCGGGCUGGAGACUUAUCGCAGUGGGACACCAUGGUCGUCCUGGCCGGGGAUGGCCUGCUCUAUGAGGUGCUGAACGGCCUGAUGGAGCGUCAGGACUGGCAGGCUGCCCUCCAGAAGCCUCUGUGCACCCUGCCCGCGGGCUCCGGGAACGCCCUGGCCGCGUCCAUCAACCACUACGCCGGCAACACUCAUGUCUUGAAGGAGAAGCUGCUGAUCAACUGCACGUAUUUCCUCUGCAAAGGCCUGCACGCGCCCAUGGACCUGGUCUCCCUGAGCACGGCCUCUGGCAAGCGCCUCUUCUCCUUCCUUAGCUUCGGCUGGGGCUUCAUCUCCGACGUGGACAUUGCCAGCGAGAAGUACCGGAAACUGGGCAACGCCCGCUUCACCGUGGGCACCGUGCAGCAGCUGGCCGCGCUGCGGGUCUACAAGGGCCGCCUGGCCUACCUGCCCGUGGAGACCUCAUCCUCUGUCGUCUCGGCCCCCCGCAGCCAGCAGAGCAGCCCCCAUGCGCCAUGCAGCAACGGUCACCCCAUCCACAUCCUCCCUCAGCCUGCACCGGGGGCGCUCCGCUCCUCUCACGGGGGGCCAGAAGACUCUCUCCUGGUGCCCUUUGACCAGCCCGUCCCAAGCCACUGGACCAUUGUGCCCGAAGAGGAGUUUAUCUUGAUUUUUGCCAUCUACCAGUCGCACCUGGGAGCUGACUUCACCAUGGUCCCUAAGGCCAAGCUCCAUGACAGCUCCAUCCAUCUUUUCUACCUCAAGGCUGGGGUGUCUCGGCUGGUGCUGCUCAAACUCUUCCUAGCCAUGGAGAAGGGGACCCACCUGGAGCUGACCUGCCCCCAGCUUCACUACAUCCCCGUGAGGGCCUUCCGGCUCGAGCCCUUUGCUGCCACCGGACUCAUGACGGUGGACGGCGAGCCGCUGGCAUGUGAGCCGGUGCAGGGCCAGGUGCACGACCAACUCUGCAGGAUCAUCUCUGGCUCCUGAGACCCCCACCAGCUUGAGAAAUAAACCAUUUCAAAAAGGGCUUUGACCAUGUGCGUCCCUGAGUCCCUCGGGCUAGAAGCCCUGCAGGGGAUGCUUCCACCACCUCCCACCACUCCGUGUCCAUUCCAGCCCACCCCUCUCUUCCUCACACUUGUUCACAGGGCUCCUUGGUCCCCUGCCCACCUCCUGCGUCCCACUCUCCCCCGUGGUCGCACGGAUGGGCCAAGUGCUAGGAGGUUUGAGGGUGGGGGAGGACACAGAGUUUGGCCUGCCCAGUGUGCAAGGAAGCUCUGAGCUGGAGCUCCGAUGAGACACUAGGAUCCCGAAUGGGAGAGGGCUGCAGGGCAGCAGAUGGUACCAAACAGGUACAGUUCUUUCAGGUCAGAUUAGCAGCCGUCACUCCCAGUGUAAGCACUAGGCUGCCUCUCUUUAUGGCUGCUUCUAGAUCAGCCUCCAUGCAGGGACUGGCCAAACCUAGGCUCUCCACGGUACAGGUCCCCUCUCCUUUCUGCUCUGGGUUCUCCACAAGGACAAAACCACUCAACAAGACGCUAGCAGCACAAGUGGAGUGCCCCAGAGACCGAGCACACCAGCAGCACCAGCAGUGGGCGCUCAGCCCACGGGGCCGGCAGGGAAUUGAGAAGUAGCUCCCCACAAUUAACUCCUUGGACCAAUGUUUAUUACAAUUAUUUUUAAAGAAAAUGUUCUACCAAAAGCUCCAUGUUGACUCACUUUAUUCUUAGACAAAACAAUAAAGAUUUAGCUUUUCUACACUGGGAGGCCCUU